GUGUGCAGUCCGUUAUAACGGGCAGCUCCUGAAUGUGAAACGCCUCUGGGUACAGGUUACAUUACUCUGAGCUCGGAAAACAAGUUUAGUAUGACAAGUGUUUUAAGAGCUGUUUUUGAAAAUCAGUAAAUACUUACAUCGUUCCUUUUCGGACUAAACGAGCAGUAUCACACCUUAAAUACCAGACAAAUAACGUAUGCAGGCUGUACAGCUUGAACCGUUUACUUCACUGGGAAAUCUGAAGCGCAAUAGUCGACUGGUUUGCUGAAGAGAUAAGCUGCAAUAACUGCGAUGUGCUGUGGAAACUUUUACAUCUACCUGACACCAGCUUAAACAGAUGGCACCUUGGUUUAAUAUCUCAUCCAAAGGACGGCACACUCAAGAGUGAAGCACCCACACUUAUGCUGCACUGGCUUACUGUAGAACAGAAAGGCAUUCUGCAUUGUGUUCCUUUGAAAGUUACCAGCAGCUAAAGGACUCUUUGAUCAGAAAACAAGGCCUAGCAUUUAGAUGUAGAUUUUCCAGGAAGAAGUCAAAAAAAGAAAACCCCAUAUAAUGAAUGGCAUGACUGUACCAAGAGUUGAAGCCAGCACCUAUGCAAUGUCAGCUCCAAAUAGCGACAGUUGCACUUCCAUUGAUGAAUUCCGGAACAAAGUAUACUCAACAGUGUACUCCAUGGUCAUAGUUUUUGGAUUAGUAGGAAACGUAUUUGCUAUAUAUGUAUUGAUUAAAACCUACAACCAGAAGAUGCCUUUCCAUAUAUAUAUACUGAAUCUUGCAGUUUCGGACAUCUUUUGGUUGCUGACACUUCCAUUCCGAAUAAUCUACUACGUGAGGCAUGGGGACUGGCCCUUUGGAAGCUUCUUGUGUCGAAUUAGUUCCUAUGCACUUUAUGUCAACUUGUACUGUAGUAUCUUUUUUAUGACCGCCAUGAGUUUUACCCGUUUCAUUGCCAUAGUCUUUCCAGUAAAACACCUAAACCUAGUGAACGCUAAAAAGGCAAAAAUCACUUGUGCUUGCAUAUGGGGCUUCGUUAUUCUUACAAGUAGUCCAUUCUUAAUGUCUGGUUCUUUUCAUGAUGCAAAGAGCAAUAAAACCAAGUGCUUUGAACCACCUUCCCAAAAUGGGACUGAAACUGUGAGAAAAAUCAUCAUCCUUAAUUAUAUUUCUUUGAUAGUCGGCUUCAUCAUUCCUUUCAGCACCAUUCUAGUAUGUUACACUAUGAUAAUAAAGACUUUACUCAAAAGUUCAGUAAACAAGAGAAAGUCAUCGCAUGUAAAAGCUAUUCGCAUGAUAAUUAUUGUCAUGUCCACUUUUCUCAUUUGCUUUUUACCGUACCAUGUUCAGCGAACGGUUCAUCUUCACUAUCUAAAGAACAGGGGUGAAAGCUGCAGCGAUAUUGACAUGCAGAAAUCAGUUGUGAUCACACUCUGUCUGGCAUCUGUUAACACUUGCAUUGACCCACUGCUGUAUUUCUUCUCAGGCGAGCAUUUUAGAAGAAGACUGUCAACACUUCGACAAACAUCUGUAACAAAUCAGCAGUCACAAAAGAGAACACAGUCAAUAGUUCCUACUGAAAGAACCAUUGCAGAUGACUCCUUUUCUUAGAGUAAAAGACCAUUAGAAAAGUAGUGAAAGUUAAACUGCACUGUUUUGAAUCCAAUGAAGUAUUCAUCUUUUGAUGCUGGAGAAUGAAAUGCAAAUAUUACAAAACAAUCAAUGCUACAAAUGUCAUAUGCAUUUUGAGAAAUUGUGUUGAUUAAUGCAUAUGACCAAAAGUUUGCUGACAGAAGUAUCCAUAGCAUAGAACUGAGAAUCUUAAGAGAAAUCACUUGAGACAUACCUGAUCCAUAUUGCUAUUCCAUACUUCGGCAUUAUGUGGCUUUAUCUUCCUAGUGAUCAAUGUCAGGCUUUUCUAUGGAAUAUAGUAAAUAAAAAGAAACUCCAGUCAUCAUUUUAUUUAUGAAAAUGGAUUGAACAGAUAAUCAAGCUCAUACAAAAAGGACUUUGUUCAUAGAACUUGGAGUUUACUAUGUCCAAAUACGAUGCAUCUAUUAACAGCUGUUAUGCAUGGACCACAAAAACAAGCACGGUGGUAUUCCCAUUACAUGGAAAUGGUAUACUUUACUUAUUAAGGCUGUCAUUUGGAGAAUAGACGCCCAUGACUAGCUCACAUCAGCUCUACCUUGCAUACUGUGUUGCCUAAAUCAUUCAUUUAAAUUAUAAGAACUGAAUAUUUAAAGCACAAUCCUGUCUUUGGGAUCAACGUGCUGUGAAUAAAGAAAGCAGCACCAUCUCUGUAACACAACAUUUAUUUAAGUGCUUUUGUCUAGUGCAAGGAAAAUCUGUUCUAUAAUCUGAUCAGCACACAAUUGGGCUGAUGCCACAUUUUACUGAUUACGCAUUACUUUUUCUUAUGGUUGCAAAGGUUCUCCUACACCAAUAGAUGUGAGCAGUCUGCUGGAGGCAGUCAUUUCAGUGUCAGCAAAAUGAUAUGUCAUUCCAAUUAUAUAAAGAAAACUAUCUCUGCGGUUAAAUUAACUCACAUUUUCUGGUAUUGAAGCGAACUACUGUAACAGUUUGAUUCCAGGAAACAGGGACUGCUUUGUAGCAGCUUUAAAGUGAGAUAAGUGAAUCACAGACAGGUAGAUAAUGGUACACUGGAAGACUAAAUGGCAAAUUAUAUGUAAACACACACAUUAUAUACAUGCAUGCACAUAUAUGAAUAUACAUGCUAUAAAGCACAGCUUUUUCUUGCAUAAUAGUUUUUCCUCCCAAAAUAAUUUUCUGAUGUACUGGUGUGCCCUCUGAUGGGUUUUGUUGUACAAGUUUUUGUUUGCUGUUCCGAUAAAAUUCAAACAUCUGAUACAUUGUUGCAUGCUUUAAAUAUAUCCUCUCCUAUAUGACUGCAAAUUACUAUUACAUGGCUUAUAUGAUUACUAUUUAUUAUUCUGAAAUCAUGACGUGCAACUACUACUGCUCCCUAGCAUCACUUGCAUAGAUACUACUUAUCACAUGACCAAACCAAAACCACGUUCUCUCUCAUGAAGGAAAUCCUAAUAUAAAUGGUCUCUAAUAAGGAAACAAAUUACAAUUUGUUUAAAGCUUCAACCAGUGUGUAUUAAUAACUGCAUUAUUGUAACCAUCCUCCUUCCUAAACAAACUAGAAUCAAACCUCUGAACAGACCAACUGAAAUUUUUGAUCAUAAGAAACCCAUCCCCACUUUUCCUCCUGCGGAAGAACAUCUAAUAGCAAUUCCUAUUGAUUUGUGGCAGCAAAACAACUUCUAACAAAAUUGCUGCAGUUUCAAAAAGCAACAAAUUCACCCAUUCGUGCCUGUCUAAAUGCAGUCACUCUGACAACAGCCUUCCAUUGAUUAAAGUUAGCAUGGCAGCACUUUAUUCCAUCCUCCUCACCCCAACCCAGGACCAGUAACCACACCAUUCUCAAAACAAAAAAGGUAUCAACAUACUCAACAGCUGUAUGCAUAAGUAACAGACGAAGCAUUUAGAUUUUUACCAGAGUCAAUAUUUCCAAAACGUAGCUCUGCCUUUCUACUACAGUAAUCAUUCCAUCAAGUAGAGUCAUUAAAACACCAUGCAGACUGGAAAAGCUACUAGUAGAGGAGAGUUGAUAUUCACAAAAACAGUGUUUUCCUUGUAAUCUUCCAUUAUCUCACCUCAUCUUACUGGUGAUGACCCCAAAUAAAUUAUAUACAAAUGCCACUUAAGUAAAUGACAAAAAAAUCAUUGGACUGGACACUGCUCCACUACUAAAUGGAUUUUAAUAAAUACCACACACACUCCACCCAUCAUAGACAGAUACAUCACCCAUUCAAAGGGAAUACAACAGUUUAACUAUAGUCUUUAUCCUGCUGCAAAAAGUCAUCAAAAAAAAAUAAUCACCUCUGCCCUAAACAAAAGGUCUGAAUCAUUCUUACAAUACAAGAUGAUAAAUGCAAAUUGGAUACCGCACACUUCCCAGUCAGGCUAUAACAGUACCCUACAUUGUUUUCCAAGCAUUUUCCUAUUGCAAGAAAAAACAAUCACAUAAAGAAAUAAAACAUUAGAAGUCAGCAGCUCCGUGGUAUAGUACAUCUAAACCAGGAACUACGAAAGGGAGAUUAAGCAUGCUAUGAAAAUAAAACUGAUAGUAGCACUCAAAACUAAGAAACAUUCUACUUUUGUAGAAACACGUAAGAAUUUGACGAACCACACAAAAACCACUUACACUUGUGAUUCAGACCUUUUGUUUAGGGCACAGGCCUCAAUGCUAGAAGUCUAAAUCUCAAAAUGCACUCACUCAAGGUACUCCUUAAAAUGGAGAACAUCGAUAUCUGUGCAGUGACUGAGAGCUGGUUCAAGGCUACAGAGAGCACC